ACUAUCACUGUCUCUCAUCAUCAUCAUCCUCUCUCUCCACUAGCAAAUUUAUCUAUUUUAGAUCAUACAAGUUUUGAUCAAAGAGAAUGACGGUAUCGAAGAAAGCUGCAUGCAACUCCCACGGUCAAGAUUCUUCAUACUUCCUUGGAUGGCAAGAAUACGAGAAGAAUCCAUACCAUGAGGCUACCAAUCCCAAUGGGAUCAUUCAAAUGGGGCUAGCAGAGAACCAGCUCUCGUUCGACCUACUGGAGUCGUGGCUGGCCGCAAAUCCUGAUGCAGCCGCCUUCAAGAGAGGCGGUCACUCCAUUUUCAGAGAGCUAGCGCUCUUCCAAGACUAUCACGGCCUUCCCGCUUUCAAAAAUGCACUGGUACAAUUCAUGACGGAAAUACGUGGAAAUAAAGUUCGGUUUGACCCAAACAAUAUUGUUCUGACAGCCGGCGCCACGUCAGCUAACGAAACCCUUAUUUUCUGCCUCGCCGACCCCGCCGAUGCCUUUCUACUCCCUACGCCCUACUAUCCUGGGUUUGACAGAGACCUUAAAUGGCGGACGGGAGUGGAGAUCGUGCCGAUACAGUGCACCAGCAGAAACGGCUUCAGAAUCACUUCAUCUGCUCUGCAAGAAGCCUAUCAACUUGCUCAAAAUCGUAAUCUCAAAGUUAAGGGAGUAUUACUCACUAAUCCUUCUAAUCCUCUCGGGAUUACUCUAAACCGGAACGAGCUCAAUCUCCUCCUCAAUUUCGUCGACGCUAAAGGGAUUCAUCUUAUCAGCGACGAGAUUUACUCCGGCACAGUUUUCGACUCCACCGAAUUCAUCAGCAUCAUGGAGCUUCUACCAAACCGGAAUUCGGAACUCUCGAACCGGGUUCACGUCGUCUACAGCCUCUCCAAGGACCUUGGCCUGCCCGGCUUCCGAGUCGGGGCGAUAUACUCCAACAACGGUUCAGUGGUAGCAGCCGCCACCAAAAUGUCGAGCUUCGGCUUGAUCUCGUCGCAGACUCAGUAUCUUCUCUCCGCCAUGCUCUCGGACGACGAGUUCCAAAAGAAGUACGUCGUGGAGAACCGGAGGAGGCUGAAGAACCGGCACGCAAUGCUGGUUCGAGGCCUGCGGAGAACCGGGAUUCCGUGCCUCGAGAGCAACUCCGGUUUGUUCUGCUGGGUAGACAUGAGGCAUCUAUUGAGGUCGGAAUCAUUCGAAGCGGAAAUGGAGCUGUGGAAGAAGAUGGUUUACGAGGUCCGGUUGAACAUCUCGCCCGGUUCGUCGUGCCACUGCGUGGAACCGGGUUGGUUCCGCGUGUGCUUCGCCAACAUGUCCGAAGAUACACUGCAGCUUGCAAUUCGGCGCAUCAAAUCGUAUGUGGAUUCAAUUUCUGCAAUGAAAACCGGCAAUGCGAGAUCGAGAACCAAAUCCAUAUCCAAAUGGGUUUUUCGGCUCUCGUAUCAUGAUCGUGAACGUGAUCGCUAGCUGAUUCAAUUAAUGUGAACACAAUCCCAUUUAUUGUGUGAUUUUUUUUACUGAUGAUUUUGAGUUACAUAUUUUGGUGUAAUUCAUUGGAUUUAGGUAGAGAUAGUGCACUCUGUCCUUGUGGACGAGAAGUGAUUUAUUUCGAAUUGUAAACUCGCUCAUUUUUAGUUAUUUGAUGAGGUCUUCUUGAAUAGUACAUACUUCUUUGAUUGUAAA